AUGGUGCUCGCGCUCACUAAGAAGGCGAAUGGCGUGCUCCCGAAGCAUCGCAAAACGAAGAAUAAGAGGAGCUCACGCGGAAAAUCGACAGCUGCGAAUGAUGCAAGCGGCAAAGCAGCAGCUGUGAGCAGCACGCGUGAUUUUGUGUCUGCGACAAACGACGUGAAGUUGUUGGGCGAGAAGACUGGAUCCUCGACAGCGGCGCAAGUCGGCAUCUCGUGCACGACAAGUCGCUGCUACUCCAGUCGAUCGCAUGAGACGACCAGAUCACAAUGGCGGACGGGGCGUUGUUGCUUUUGA